GCUAUUGAAGAGGAAGGAGGCGAUCCAGAUAAUAUUGAAUUAACUGUUUCAACUGAUACUCCAAACAAGAAACCAACCAAAGGCAAAGGUAAAAAACAAGAAGCAGAUGAGUUUAGUGGGGACGCCUCUGUGGAAGAUGAUGCUUUUGUCAAGGACUGUGAAUUGGAGACUCAAGAGGCACAUGAACAAGAUGGAAAUGACGAACUAAAGGACUCUGAAGAAUUUGGUGAAAAUGAAGAAGAAAAUGUGCAUUCCAAGGAGUUACUUUCUGCAGAAGAGAACGAGAGUGCUCAUGAAUUAAUAGAGGCAGAAGCAAUAGAAGAUAUAGAAAAAGAGGACAUCGAAAGUCAGGAAAUUGAAGCUCAAGAAGGUGAAGAUGAUACCUUUCUAACUGCCCAAGAUGGUGAGGAAGAAGAAAAUGAGAAAGAUAUAGCAGGUUCUGGUGAUGGUACACAAGAAGUAUCUAAACCUCUUCCUUCAGAAGGGAACCUAGCUGAGGCUGAUCACACAGCUCAUGAAGAGAUGGAAGUUAAUGCGACUGUGAAAGAAGCUGAGGAUGACAACAUCUCGGUCACAAUCCAGGCUGAAGAUGCCAUCACUCUGGAUUUUGAUGGUGAUGACCUCCUAGAAACAGGUAAAAAUGUGAAAAUUACAGAUUCUGAAGCAAGUAAGCCAAAAGAUGGGCAGGACGCCAUUGCACAGAGCCCGGAGAAGGAAAACAAGGAUUAUGAGAUGAAUGCGAACCAUAAAGAUGGUAAGAAGGAAGACUGCGUGAAGGGUGAUCCUGUCGAGAAGGAAGCCAGAGAAAGUUCUAAGAAAGCCGAAUCUGGAGACAAAGAAAAGGAUACUUUGAAGAAAGGGCCCUCGUCUACUGGGGCCUCUGGUCAAGCAAAGAGCUCUUCAAAGGAAUCUAAAGACAACAAGACAUCAUCUAAAGAUGACAAAGGAAGUACAAGUAGUACUAGUGGUAGCAGUGGAAGCUCAACUAAAAAUAUCUGGGUUAGUGGACUUUCUUCUAAUACCAAAGCUGCUGAUUUGAAGAACCUCUUUGGCAAAUAUGGAAAGGUUCUUAGUGCAAAGGUGGUUACAAAUGCUCGAAGUCCUGGGGCGAAGUGCUAUGGCAUCGUAACUAUGUCUUCGAGCACGGAAGUGUCCCGGUGUAUUGCACACCUUCAUCGCACUGAGCUGCACGGACAGCUGAUUUCUGUCGAAAAAGUAAAAGGUGAUCCUUCCAAAAAAGAAAUGAAGAAAGAAAAUGAUGAAAAGAGUAGUUCCAGAAGUUCUGGUGAUAAAAAAAAUAUGAGUGAUAGAAGUAGCAAGACACAAACUUCUGUAAAAAAAGAAGAAAAGAGAUCAUCUGAAAAAUCUGAAAAAAAAGAAAGCAAGGAUACUAAGAAAAUAGAAAGUAAAGAUGAGAAGAAUGAUAAUGCAGCAAGUGGCCAAACCUCGGAAUCAGUUAAAAAAAGUGAAGAAAAGAAGCGAAUAAGUUCAAAGAGUCCAGGACAUAUGGUAAUAUUAGACCAAACUAAAGGUGAUCAUUGUAGGCCAUCAAGAAGAGGAAGAUAUGAGAAAAUUCAUGGAAGAAGCAAGGAAAAAGAGAGAGCUAGUUUAGAUAAAAAAAGGGACAAAGAUUACCGAAGGAAAGAGAUAUUGCCUUUUGAAAAGAUGAAGGAACAAAGACUAAGAGAACAUCUCGUUCGUUUUGAGAGACUUCGAAGAGCAAUGGAACUUCGAAGACGAAGAGAGAUUGCAGAAAGAGAGCGUCGAGAGCGGGAACGCAUUAGAAUAAUUCGUGAACGGGAAGAACGGGAACGCUUACAGAGAGAGAGAGAGCGUCUAGAAAUUGAAAGGCAAAAACUAGAAAGAGAGAGAAUGGAACGCGAACGCUUGGAAAGGGAACGCAUUCGUAUUGAACAGGAACGUCGUAAAGAAGCUGAACGGAUUGCUCGAGAGCGAGAGGAACUCAGAAGGCAACAGCAGCAGCUUCGUUAUGAACAAGAAAAAAGGAAUUCUUUGAAACGCCCACGUGAUGUAGAUCAUAGGCGAGAUGAUCCUUACUGGAGCGAGAAUAAAAAGUUGUCUCUAGAUACAGAUGCACGAUUUGGCCAUGGAUCUGACUACUCCCGCCAGCAGAACAGAUUCAAUGACUUUGAUCACCGAGAGAGGGGCAGGUUUCCUGAGAGUUCCUCAGUACAGUCUUCAUCUUUUGAAAGGCGGGAGCGCUUUGUUGGUCAAAGUGAAGGCAAGAAAACACGACCUACUGCACGAAGAGAAGAUCCAAGCUUUGAAAGGUAUCCCAAAAGUUUCAGUGAUUCCAGAAGAAAUGAGCCUCCACCACCAAGAAAUGAACUUAGAGAAACAGACAGACGAGAAGUUCGUGGGGAACGAGAUGAAAGGAGAACAGUGAUCAUUCAUGACAGACCUGAUAUUGCUCACCCCAGACAUCCUCGAGAAGGAGGGCCCAAUCCUUCUAGACCAAACAGCUGGAAAAGCGAAGGAGGCAUGUCCACCGACAAACGGGAAGCCAGAGUUGAAAGGCCAGAACGAUCUGGCAGAGAAGUGUCAGGACACAGUGUGAGAGGCGCGCCCCCUGGGAGUCGCAGCAGUGCCUCUGGCUAUGGCAGCAGAGAGGGAGACAGAGUAAUCACAGACCGAGGAAGCGGAGCCCAGCACUAUGCUGAAGAUCAGCAUGUGGUUGACCGCCAUGGCCGGGACACAAGUGGACCACGACACGGUCCGCCUUCCCAAGGGCCUAGCUAUCAUGAUGCAAGGCGGAUGGGUGACGGCCGGGCAGGAGCAGGCAUGAUAACCCCGCAUUCGAGCAGUGCAUCCCCAAUUAAUAGAAUUGUACAAAUCAGUGGCAAUUCCAUGCCAAGAGGAAGUGGCUCUGGAUUUAAGCCAUUUAAGGGUGGACCUCCACGACGAUUCUGAAGAUGAGCUCUCUGCCAUGGUUUCAAGAUAAUUUAUUGAAAUCUCCUGUAAACUUUACUUGACUACUUAUGAAGAGGACCUCUGACUUGCUUGAGAGUUCUGUCAGACUUUUUUUGUUUUUUUCUUUUAUAAAAUUUAACAUGAUUGCUUUUCUCAAUUUUGGAGAAGAUGUUUAAAUAGUUCUGUUGUAACUUUUAAUAGUUUUGUGUAUUAUUCAACUUUUUCUUGCAGCACCAAGACACAUUUGGGAAGAGUGGGACAGAAACUUGUGUCUCCUGCGGUGUGGAUCUGAGGAGUAGUUUGCAGCCGUGUGGUAGUGGUUCCAUUUGCAGCAUUAGCCCUGUGCUGUCAGGCUCGAGAGUUACUUCUUGUCACCAAGCGUUUCCAGCCUCCAUUUUGAAGGCUGUCUAAGCUUAAAAGUCUGCCGUCUAAUUUUUAGAGAAUAAGAUUGUUCCUUGCAUUUCUGAGUAUUAUGUAACCUAUUUUUGCAGAAGGUACUGUUACAUUAAGUGCAUCUGUGUAUCCUGGUUUAAAAAAAUGUAAUCUUUUUUGAAAUAAACCUUCAUAUUCUGUAUAGUUGCUAAA